AUGAAUAUUCAACGUGAUCCAUCUCCACCUCCUACUGAUUCAGCACUUGCAUCAGCUAGACAACAUCCAGCGACAAUAAAAAUUGAUGAACAAUUUUUACAAGAGCCCACACUUGCUUUUCUUGAAUCUCACCAAAGUCAUUUACGGCCAGCUUUAGCAUCAGGUAUAUUCGUGCUAUCCUUAACUAAACUACAAUUGAAUUCCAUUGGUGAUAUUGGACAAUUAAAACAUAUACAAAUAUGUGAUUUAAGUUCGAAUUUUAUUGAAGUAAUCGAUAGUCUGCUUAUUAAUUGUCGACAUUUAAUCAAGUUGGAUUUACACUCAAAUCGAAUUAAUCGACUGCCCGAUGGCAAACUUUGGAAACAAAUGUCGAAAUUAAAAAUUCUCUAUUUACAUGACAAUUUGUUAUCGUCUUACGAUGAUGUUAAAUCGCUUGCCAAUACACCCGUUCUUGAAAUUCUCACCCUUUAUGAUUCACCGUUAAGUAUUAAAAAAAAUUAUCGGCAUCACGUUGUCAAUAGUGUUUGGUCUUUAAAAGCGCUGGAUACAUAUAUAAUUGCCGAUGAUGAAAUCAUAGAAAAAACACAUUUCCCUGAACCAUAUGCAGCAUAUUCAAAUAUAUUUAAAUUCAAUCUUUAUAUUCCAACUGGUAAAAACUCAACACUUAAUGUUGAACGUAAAGCUAUUGAACAACUUUUAAAACAUAUCAAUAAUGUUCAGUCACAUUAUUGUCCAGUACUUAUUUUACAAAAAAAUUUUCGUAUGUGGCUUGUACAACUUCGAUUAAAAAAAUUUCUAUUAUUAAGUCAAAAACCUGCUCCAAAAUUUUUACAUGCACGACCUACCUUUACACCAUUGAGUGGUUCAUCAGGAAAAUUUUCUGCAUUUCCAAAACCGCCUCGAACAUCAGCGAUUAUAAAUGUAUUUCAUCAGAUUGAGCCUUUAAAAACUCCGGAUUCAUAUCAAGAUAAACGUCAUAUUAAAAUUCACUUGGGCCAAUUGACUACUACCCAAACCGAUACAAAUCGUCUACCAUUUCCUAACGAUGCACAAGUUCGUUCACGACACAUUGUAGCUAAAACAAGUACAUCAAAAUAUUCUGAUGACAGAACAUCGCCAAUACUUCGUGGCCAAAAAUCUCAAUUAACUGUAUAUGAACCUAUAGAAGAGAUGAACGAUGAAAUACGAGCAGCCAGACAAUAUGUACAAGAUUUGAAAGAUGAAUCACAUUUAAAACAACGUAAACGUGAAGCAGAAAUCAAAGAAAAUAAUGCAAUGAAUCGUAAUAUUAUUCGACAUCAUACAGUUGAUGAUCGGCUUUUACGAACAAUACACGGAAGUAUGGCAUUCGGAUGUUUAGUAGCUGUUGAUAAAGCUUAUAAUGAUAGAGCAAAAGUUGAUCGAAGAAAAUUGCUUGCAAGAGAAGUUGAACAAAACAGACAAGAACAUUCUUUAAUUCAAGCACAACUACAACACACACACGAUGAACGUCUUGUCAAUAUUCAUCGUACAAAAGAUCAAGAUCGUAUGAAACAAACUUAUAUGCGUCAUCGUGUUGACCACGCUCAAAGUGAACUGUAUGAAACCGUACAAGAACAACGUCUUCUUCUACUUGAGCAACAACGAAAACGUCGAGCACAAGUAAAAUUUUCUCAACAAUUUAAUUCACAACAUAUAUCUAUAUCGAAUGCAUUGCAACGUCAUGAAAAUAAUAUUCGUACUCAACGUAAAAUGAGACAUGCACGAGAAACAGUGACAAAACAAAAACAAAAUACUGAAGAACAAACUGAGUUAAUUGAAAAAUAUAUAACACAGCGUAAACAUGUUCGUCGAGCUCUAUCAAAUAUUGAGCGUAAACAAUUAGAUGUGCAAGCUAUGCGCGAUGCUAGUGAACGUCUUUUACAAGCACAGCAACGUGUUGCACAUAUACGCGCAAGAAAUUCAAAUAUUCAACAAUUUAGUGUUGUAAAAAUGUCACCACAAAACGACGAAUUAAGACGAAAAACACAAAGUCUAACUGAAUCGAUGCUAGAACGUGAAUCAUUAUUUGAUACUAUAACCGAUCAUAUGGCUGCUCAACAGACAGUUCAAUAG